AAAAAGAACCUUCUAUAAAAAAUUCGGGGGUGCAAAUACAACACCUGGUGGAGGUGCAAAUAACAAACUCCUUAACAGACAACGUAUCACACUUCUUCUCCAUUUCUUUUUCUUACAUCUCCUCUCUGCAAAUUCAUUUCUACGAAUCGCGUUCUUCUUUCUCUUCAUUCAUUCAUCAAUCUUCAUCACAGGUUUUGGAAAAAGUUUUUGAUUGUGAUGGCUAGAAAGAUGCUUAAGGACGGUGAACCUGAUUUGAACAAAGGUGCAGAAGAAGGGACGAAUUUUGACUUUGACUUGUUUAUUAUUGGGGCUGGAAGUGGUGGUGUUCGUGCUGCUAGAUUCUCAUCUAAUCAUGGAGCUAAGGUUGCAAUCUGUGAGCUUCCUUUUCAUCCGAUUAGCUCAGAAACGAUUGGAGGAGUCGGUGGAACGUGUGUCAUUCGUGGUUGUGUUCCCAAAAAGAUUUUGGUCUAUGGAGCAUCUUAUGGUGGUGACCUUGAGGAUGCUAGAAAUUUUGGAUGGGAAUUGAGUGAGAAUAUUGACUUCAAUUGGAAGAAGCUCUUGCAAAAGAAGACAGAUGAAAUAAACAGAUUAAAUGGAAUUUACAAGCGGUUGUUAUCCAAUGCUGGGGUUAAACUAUUUGAAGGUGAGGGAAAGAUAGCGGGUCCACAUGAAGUUGAGGUGACACAGUUGGAUGGUACUAAAUUGUCCUAUUCGGCAAAGCAUAUUUUGAUUGCAACUGGCAGCAGGGCUCAACGUCCAAAUAUUCCUGGCCAGGAGUUGGGUAUAACAUCUGAUGAGGCUCUAAGUUUAGAAGAAUUUCCUAAACGUGUUGUGAUUCUUGGAGGAGGUUAUAUUGCAGUUGAGUUUGCAUCUAUAUGGCGUGGGAUGGGUGCCAAUGUCAAUCUCGUUUUCAGAAAGGAACUUCCAUUGAGAGGUUUUGAUGACGAAAUGAGAGCUGUAGUUGCAAGAAACCUUGAAGGCAGGGGAAUUAAUUUGCAUCCAAGGACAAAUUUGACACAGUUGAUCAAAACAGAGGAUGGCAUUAAAGUUACUACAGAUCACGGUGAGGAGUUGAUUGCGGAUGUUGUGCUAUUUGCCACUGGAAGGGCCCCUAAUUCUAAGAGGUUAAAUUUAGAAAAAGCAGGCGUAGAGGUUGAUAAGACAGGAGCAAUAGUGGUAAAUGAGUAUUCAUGCACCAACAUCCCAAGCAUAUGGGCUGUGGGUGAUGUAACCAACCGAAUGAAUCUUACCCCGGUGGCCUUGAUGGAAGCAUCACAUUUUGCAAACACGGUAUUUGGUGGGAAAACACAGAAGCCAGAUUAUAGGGAUAUUCCAUAUGCAGUGUUCAGUAUUCCACCACUUUCAGUAGUUGGUCUAAGUGAGGAGGAGGCAGUAGAGCAAACAAACGGCGAUUUAUUGGUUUUUACGUCAACUUUCAAUCCUAUGAAAAAUACAAUCUCUGGGCGGCAAGAGAAAACUGUUAUGAAGAUUGUUGUUGAUGCUCAGACAGAUAAAGUUCUUGGAGCAUCUAUGUGUGGGCCCGAUGCACCUGAAAUUGUUCAGGGUAUUGCUAUUGCAUUGAAGUGUGGAGCUACUAAAGCGCAGUUUGAUAGCACGGUGGGAAUACAUCCAUCGGCUGCAGAAGAAUUUGUGACCAUGCGCUCAGUGACAAGGCGUGUUACUGGUAGUGCGAAGCCCAAGACGAAUUUGUAAACACAUUUUAAUUAAUUAGCUAAAUAAGAUCAGUUCAAAUUGGUCAGGACUUGUUUGUAUGUUUCUUUUAUUGGGCAUAGCCCCUUCGAUUUUGUAAAAUACUAAUCAAAAUAUAAACUGUUUGUUCAUAGUGUAGCUGCAAUACAAAAAUGUCUGUUUUUUCAGAUAAAUAAAGAGUGUUCUUUUAUAGCAAA